GAGGCAGCGGAGGUGGGAGGGUAGGAGAAGGGGAAGCGGAACUGGGUUGCCCGGGGCCGGACUUCCCGGAGAAGCUGAGCUGGGGCGGGUUUAUUUUGCUUCCACAUUCAGGGCGGCUGCCGCCAUGCGGUUUCGGGCCAAGAUCGUGGACGUCGCCUGCCUGAACCACUUCACCCGUGUGAUCAAUACAAUUGCCAAACUAGCUAAGACGUGCACUCUACGCCUUACAGUGGACAAACUUUACUUCAUCCUUACUGAUAAAGUGGCAAAUGGAGGGGUCAGCAUGUGGUGUGAGUUAAGUCAGGGGAACUUCUUUGAUGAAUUUCAGAUGGAAGGAGUAGCAGCAGAACACAAUGAAAUUUAUUUGGAGCUGACACCAGAAAACCUAUCAAGAGCUUUAAAAACAGCCCAGAAUGCCAAGACGGUGAAAAUCAAAUUGACUAACAAGCACUGCCCCUGUCUCACAGUAGCUGUGGAACUGCCCUCGUUAUCGAGCAGUAGUCGCAUUGUGACACAUGACAUUCCAGUGGGAGUUAUUCCCAGAAGACUGUGGAAUGAUUUCCGAGAGCCCAGUGUACCAGAUUUUGAUGUCAGUAUUUACUUGCCAGUGCUGAAGACCAUGAAGAGUGUUGUGGAAAGAAUGAAAAAUCUCAGCAAUUGCAUUGUGCUUGAAGCAAAUUUAAACGGAGAAAUGAACUUGAAAAUAGAAACAGAUUUAGUGUCUGUUACGACCCAUUUUAAAGGUCUUGGAAAUCCUCCAUGGGUAUCAGAGGAUGGUUCACAAAAUUCUACUCAAGACAGAGAUCCGGAAAGCAUGGCUGAGGCACGCAUAGACAUUCGGAAGCUCCUGCAGCUACUUGCUGGGCAGCAAGUAAAUCCCACGAAAGCCUUGUGCAAUAUUGUGAGCAAAAGGAUUGUUCACUUCAUUUUGCUUCAUGAGGAGGUUUCCCUUCAGUACUUCAUUCCAGCACUUGCAUGAAUACUCUUCUACAGCUCAGCAGUUCUGCCCUAUGAGGCCUUGCCUACAAAGAGUGAAACAAGCAUAAAGAGUGGGGAUUUUGUGCAUCGAUGGACUCUUGGUCUAUAAUAUUUAAAUAAGUUGUUGUAUAUUUUAUAUUAUAUAUAUUUAUAGAAUUAUUGUAAGAACUUGAUUCCCAAGGAUAUUAUAUUUUUGUGUUGAUUAUAUAUUGGAUUAAAGUGAAAAUAUAUGGAAAGCUGGCCCCUCUAGUGUCAUGGGCAGGGAAAUUGUAGGAGCUCCUACAUAGAGCUGUUCACUGCACUCAGUAACUGAGCAAGUAGGUGAGCGAAGAAGCUGUAACAUGAAUGUCUCCAACAUGCUAUAGGUGGGCAUAAACGCAAGUUCAGCUCAAAGCACUUGGGGUUUCUUUAGAUGAGGCAGCAACGUGGGCAUAUCAAAGAGAGCUUCUUGGGGGACCAGGGUAAAGACUCUGAAAUAAACUCCCCCUGGGAAUGAAGGGCCAUCACAAGCCUCACCACCUUCCACUCCAUGGGCAAGGUGCAUUUCUUUGAUCUUGCCUUUUACUAGAAACACAGCUGUGUGUAUAUAAAAAUUGCAAAAGAUAUUGGCCACACUUCUGCUGGGGAGGAGAAGAGAACAAAUGAGACAGAUGCUGGUCAGAUGGCUUAAUGGACCCCCAGAGGGCCCUUAGAUGAGUGCAGUAUAAGAGUCUAUAUAGAAUGUUUAUAUUUGGAUUGUCUCAGCUGCUGGUCUGUAAGAGUAGGCAAUAUAGUGUUAUUUGAGGCUUUAGUGAGUAGGGGUAUCAGGACUUACGCUGCCUUGUAUAUUCAUGCCAACUGUUAACAUGGCUUAUUUUCAACUAAGGUUCUCUGUAAAAACAUCUUGUCCCUGUUCAUGAAAAAUAGCUCCCUUUUGCCCUAAAAACUGAUGACUCUGGGGUUUCAGAUAAUACAUUGGGAGGACUUACCUUCUGUUGCUACAAGCUCAGCUUGUCAAUGAGUUGAGGCAAGACUGGACACCAGAGCCUUUCAGUGAGACAUUGGGUUAACAACUGGGAUCAGCUAGUCUACUGUACUGGCUGCCCCUUGUUCCUUCCUUCCAUCCAUCAAUAAAUGGUGAGUUAAAUAAGCAGGACACACAAUGAUCUGAGGUGAACAUACUAGUCAUUUAUUUAAAAAAAUGCUCUUGUGUGCAGGGAGUACAGAAGAAAGAGAGGGGACCUAACAAGUGCUGGGAAAGUGUGUGGGUAGAGGCUAUCAUCACUUACCUUUUGGUUUUUGGCUGUUCUUUAUGGUCCCCUGCUUGGCUGUGAUUGAACUCUUCCAGCUAAGACUGGAAAGAGAAGGCUUUGGAAGAUGAUGACAAAAGAUAACAAUGCAGGAUCACCACCCCCACAUGCUCCAGGGCCUGAGGUCCUUCACACCUGUAGGAGUUGGCUCACUGCUGUGGUCUGCAUGGGUAGACAGUUCGAUGUUCCUGCAACAUACAGGAGACCAUUUAGAGCAGUGGUUCUCAAAGCCGGUCCGCUGACGGGCCACAGGUUGCCCACCACUGUCCUAAGGAGUCAUUGUCUGCAAUACAAGCAGAUGUGCCUGCUACCUCUCUCUAACAGUCUACCUAAAAGUUUGGACUGAUCUCUUGGACAGAGGAAGGAGGUAGGUGGUGUUUUUUGUGGAGACAGAGAAGGAUUGAGGAGGCAGGUAACUGGUGGAAUUCACAGUUGCUGCUUUAUGGUGUGAAUGAUUUUCAGUGCAUAGACGCUCAAGUGGUUUUUCUUUUGUAUUUGAAAUGGGGCAAGGAACAAAUAAUCCAGACCAUGCACAGAUGCACUGGGCUCUUGCCUCAUCUUGUGACAACAGGUUUUAGGGGUCGGGGGGUGGGGGGGAGCAUAAAAGCCUUUAGUUACUUAGGAACAGAAGUUUUUCCUGAUUAUUAUCUUGCAGACUUAGUAAGAACUUCAGGAUUGAGCCCACUGGGAGGAUGUGUGGCUGUAAUACCUGCCAUAAAAUACUCAUGUUACACAGCCUGAAAUAAAUUAACCAAUAUCUCAUUUUCCUCACAUUUGGCCUUUCCAACAUGUUUCUAUCCCCCACUGGCCAGAAAAGCCACAAAUUAAGUUAAAAGGAAGUUUUCUGGGUCAGAAUGCAGGAACAAGUGUAAUGCUACUGAUACUUACUGUAUUGAUUAUCAUUUUUACUUGGUUAUUUCUGCGGGGAAGUGUAGGUGGUUAUUCUUCUGAUUUUAGUACACAAAACUAUAUUGCAUCUAUAAGCUCUUUCGAAAUGUGUGCGCGUCCAUAUAUUGAUUAACCUAGUCCUAAUGACAUUCGUAGCUUGCCCUCUAGUGGUAAUUUUGUUGUACUGCUUCAUUAUCUCUCCCCACCAAUUUUAUUUCACUCUACAGAUAAACUUAUUGCUGUUUGCCUCUCUGUGUAUAACCUACUGUAUUGAAUUUCAGUAUUCUGAAGUCAAUAACAUUGCAACUAGUAAUACUCUGUUUUGAAAAAGAGACAAAAGGAUGCAUGUCCCUUGAGGUAAAACAAAUAAAUUGUAAGUCUGAGCCCCCCCUUUAGUGAGAUUUUGAUCAUUAUGUUAUACUUAAACAGGUUUGAUCAAAAUCAAACUUAAAAAAUAACACCACCCAAAGAUAGAGGUACCAAUUGCUAAAAGCCUCCCAGCACAGCUAUAUCUCAUGGGAGUAUUGUUGCAUGACAAACAUUCUGUUCAGAUAUAAAAAUAGAACAUAAAACACACUACUAAAAUCUUUCCAUGAAAACCUGCAUAUGGGAUCUAGGAGUCAAUUAAUAUUAUGUUCUGAAGAUUUUGCUGAUCUAGGCAAUAUAAUGAAUAAUAAGAAAAAUUAAGUGAUAUUUAAAAAAAAAAAAUCAGGAGAAUCCAGGAGCAAAUCUAGCCAGUUAUCAUUAAAUGUGCACGCGCACACACUCAAAUUAUUGGACUUUACACAGCUGCUUAACAAGUUCAAUGAUUACAUGAAAUAUUGAGGUAUGUGAUAUAUGCUACAGGAAGUCAUACAACAUUGAGAUGUGAUCUAACAAACCAAUGGGAGCGGAGUAAAUAUUCCAGGUGAAAUCAAUAGCACCAAGACCCGACCGGUAUCUUCCUCAGCCGGUAGGUUUUCCUUGUUGAUGCAUAGUAGGAGUGGAUUUUAAUACCACCAAAUACUGAGCCAUUAAUUACUAUUACUCCAUUUAUUGCUCCAAUCCUGCAACUGGAACCGCAAACGUAGGCACCCUGUCCCCACUGACUUCAAUGGGGUUCCAUUCACUUGGAUCCAGCAGCAAGAUUAGGACCAACUUUACCCCCAAUUCUUUGGUAUCAUGCCAGCCAAGUAAAUUUGCUUUUAAAAUAGUCUCCCUCUAAUUUUGUCCUUUGGGCUUGUAUUUAUCAUGAUUUUAUGCACACAUUGUACAUAAAACAGCGUGAACUAAUGUCUACAGAAACAGGUAUCUAGUGAUUAAUUUGUGAGAUUUGUAUGCAGGAAAGGGUCACACAAUGAUAAUAGUGUCCUAUAGUAUGGUCAGCAAAUAAAAAUGCAAGCCACUAAAAAUUAUGACAUGGAGAAAGAUACAGUCCCUAGCUGGUAAAUUGAAGAAUGCUUAGGCCCAGGGAGAUUGAUUGAGGCCAAGAGAGGAGGACAAAUGUCCAUGCCCAAUCACUUCAUAAACUUACUGUGUCUAUGUAUAAUGAUAUAUCAAAAGAGCUGAUUAGUUAGCAGGUUAGUACGUUGGUUAGCAGGCAGGGUUUGAGGACCAGGAACAGUCCCGAGGGGUGGAGAGGGGAAAUGUAUUACCUUAAGCAAGUCUCUAUUGAGAGCAGCAGAAAAUAGCAGGGUAUCAUCCCCAAAGGAAACAUUGCUUUGCUGCUUUCUAUGGGCUGCAUGUUGAACCCAACUGACUAAUUCCCCUACUCCCACACCUUUGUUGCAUUGCAUAAACAGUGAACCUAAACCAAUGUCUUAUCUGUAGUGAUGGGUAGCCCCAAGGGGGAGGAGGGGUCCUGGUUGUUACUUUGGCUCCCAACUGGUCUCCUCCUACUCUUCAAACUUUCUGCUCCUGUGAGCAGCACAAAGAAUGGUAAAUUUAUUACUUUAACCUCCCAUGCCCUUCAAAUUAGUGUGAAUUUCCUGUUUGAAAGGCAGAGGGUUCAAAUAGUCUCCCAUUAAUGUACUAGCUGAUUCCACUUCUGUAUUUCUAUUUUAUUUGCCUCCUGCUUUCAUGCGAGGAUAAUCACUGCCUCUGUUUCAUUGGAAUUUAAAUCCCAUCUAGUUGCUAGCUGCUUCCAUCUCUCAAAUUUCACAGAUGGUGUGAUAAAUGAAGGUGGGGGGGGAGCUCCCUU